GAGCCGGGAGCCGGGGCUGGCGGCGGGCAGGGAGGCGCGGGCGGCGGAGCGGCGGGAUGCGGCGGUGCCGGGCGGCGGCGCUGGCGGGGCUGACCGCGGUGCUCCUGGCAGCUGUGGGCAGAGCGCAAGUGCAGCAGGACCCGUGGGCAGAAACCACCGAGGGCACCGGCAUCAAAAUCAACUGCUCACACCCCAACACAGGGCUUUACGAGUUCAUCUAUUGGUACCGUCAGCUCCCGGGCCGUGGCCUCGCAUUCCUUGUGAGCGCUAUUCAAGGCUCCAAAGAGCUGCUGGACCCGCCGGGGCGGCUCUCGGUGGCGGCAAAUCGCCGGUUCAACGUCCUGUGGCUCUCCCGGCCCCGGCUCCGGGACGCGGCGGUGUACUACUGCGCCCAAACACGGAGAGAGGAGCCGGGGCUGCGGCCGAGCAAAAACCGCUGCGGGCGGGGCCGGGCGUGUGUGUCGGGGGGUGCGCGGGACAGCGGCGUCCGGGCCCGCGAGGCGGCGCUGCUGCUCCGCCCGGUACCGGCAUCAGUCCCGUCGAGGCCCCUUUGGUGCCCCGGUGCAUUCCCCGGACGCGGCUCCGGAUGCAGGGAGGCUGCAGUGCUGCACGGCAGUGUUCAUCUCCUGUUCUGGGCAUCUGCGGGAGAGGCGUUGCUCCCAGGCAGCUGAGGAACAACGCUUCCCCGCUUCUUCCUUUGCUCCCCCAUCAGACCCGUUUCCAGCUCUGUUGUCUCGGGGCUGGGAGCUGGUUUUCUG